AUGGUUUGGGUUUGGGGUACUCUUAUGGGAAGAACUAACACUGCUUCACCCACUGAGCACAAAUCAGAGGCAAAAGCUUUUCCAGGAUUUGCUGUUGGACCGCUUUCGAGACCUGAAGAAAAGUUUGCGCGAAAACUGUACAUCUGUGUGCCUUCCAAACUUGCCAUUCUAGUAACAUCUCUCGCUCUUUGUGCACCUUCUUCAUGUGGCAAUAUCCAGAACAUUAGCUACCCUUUUCGACUAGACACCGAUCCAAAAAGCUGCGGAGACAAUAAUUAUACCCUAAUCUGCGAGAAAAAUACUUCUACAGGAUUAUAUUUGUAUUCGAGUAAAUACUACGUGCGGGCGAUUGACUAUGUUAACUUCACGAUCCGAGUGGUAGACGCCGGUGUACAAGGUAAUUGCUCCUCGUUACCUCGUUAUUCUUUGGACCCUCAUAAAUUCCGUUAUGGAGAUCCAUACGCAUGGUAUAGCUACAAGUGGACGGUGCCACCAAGAGUAAUUCAACGUUUUUUCUACAACAAUAUUGAGAGCAAAUGGUCGCCUCCAACACUAUUACGACCUAUGAUUUUCAUGAGUCGUGAAAAUCCAGAUGAAUUCCUCUCUUUAUGUAGACACGACUCCGUGCAGCCUUAA